AUGUUAAAUUAGAACAGUAAACUUGAACGAAGGAAGAAAUGGCAACUUGUCGUAAUUCCUAUUCUGACAAAGUCAAAAAAGAAGAGGACGAUAAGGUGUUUCCUGCAUUGUGUGAUGAGUAUUACCAUUCAUUCUGUCGACAAUAUGGCAUUGAUCCUGUUGCUGAAAAUUCAACACCAAAGAAAGGAAACAAGAAGGCAAAAAAUCGACUAAAGACUUGUGAGAGUCACUCGAAAUACCUCACAAAAAUCACACGGAGGGGUUCUGGGAGAAAAAUCUCAAGGGACAGACAUUUCCCCGACACUGUGACAUGGACUAGAGAAUUUGAAGCUGGCAUGAUCGAAAGGAAAAGGAAUCUAAUGGGCAGGGUUCAUGACCAGUUACUGAAUGCCUCAAGAGAGAGGAACGAAUCAUACCAAGAUUUCCUACAAUUUCUGGAUGGAAAUAAGACUAUCUCGCGAGAUCGGAAGGUGGAUUUUUCAUGGUGUGUCACAAGCCAGAGACCCGAGUUAUUGAGGCGCGAUAGGGACUGGAACAUAACAAUGGACAAACUACUCCGGAUAGAGAAAGAACUCGAGGAUAGCGAGGACGAUGAUUGUUUUGUCCCACGGAAAUUGUUUUUCUUCCAAGUCGACACCUUCAAAGAGGCAAAGGCAUCUCCUGCUCAGGUACACGUAGGGCCGAGAAAUCGUGCUGUUCAAAGAGAUGCACAUAAGCAGAAAAGGACAAAGACAGAGAAAAAAUCUGCUUCAAAAGCACCCUUGAUGCCAUCCAAGAAGACAGAUAAGCCAGAGCAACAGAAGAAGAGUUUUACAUGUAACAUGAAAGGGAUGGUUCUCAGUUUUUUCGGAGUUCGACAACGAUAGAAAGAUUUAGAAAAAAAUGGCUUCAGUGAGCUUUAAUGAAUGAAGUGGAGUUACAUGAAUUUUUAGCAUUUUCCAGUUUUUACAAGGCUUCAAUGUAUUGUUGGAAAGCAAGAACUUAAUUAGCAUUUAAAAUAACGUGAAAGCAUGAUGUAAGACCGAGAGAGCUAUAAUUUUUGUUUAAAUAAAAUGUAUAGUAAUGACAAUUCACCAUAGUUCUGUUAUUGAUACAAUUUUCUGUUUUCCUUUGUUGAUAUGAAGCAGC